GAGCGCGACCGUCGUUGUGACUUCGUCGUUGCGUGUAUUCAACUGGUUUUCGUCGGUUCCAAUGGUUCGAUUGAUUCCAUUCGGUAAAACCAAUUCUAGGUACCGUAGACAACCGAUGCUGGACGUUAUCUCGCUGUAGUAGAAUCAACAAACGCUGAGAAUUUAGAGUCUUGUGUCUCGGCAAAGCUGAAAUCCCUAUCUAUCACCAUGAAGCUUUGCCACAACCUCCACCCAGUCAUCACAAACCAACGUCGUGGCGUUGAGUGCAGAACGCGCAUCCCCGCGGAUCAGUAAUUAAAUUAUAAAAGAGACUAAGCGCGUAAAAAUCCUUGCCACAUAUGCUACUGAAAGUGCCAAGUGAAGUGCUUUGCCAGUCGUGAAUUAGCCAACACACGGUGGUGGGACAAAUGUGAAGGAUUAUUGUUUGGCUUUUCCACUGGUUGCUUCAACAUUCUCGCGUACUGUGAGUGUCAAGGAAAACCCUCGUGAAAUGUGUUAAAGCUCAUAGGGCGCUUGAUUUGGUGAAUAUUCCGUAGGAUUGCUGACACCCCCGCUGUUGUGUGGGCGGAUAUAACGCAUCGUAACAACGAAAAUGGGCUCGGAAACCGAGGGAGCUGCUAUGGAAGAUCAGAAGAAAAGUGUGAAUUGUGUUAACAGUGAUGUCAACGAAAAGUAUGCGGAAAAAGCGGAUGAAAACGCUUACCGUUCAGUGCAGUAUGAAAGUUACAACAACAGCGAAAAGACGACCAACGGACCGGAGUUCCAGAAGAUGCUACCGGAUGAUCUGGAGGAUAUGUUCAAGGAUAUGCCACUGACCAAAGAUACGACAUGUGGUAUUUGGUUUUUCAAGGGUCCGUUUUUGCAAAGAUUCGCCAAUAAAAAGGCGUACGUGUUCCUGUACGGAGUGGUCGGGUGCAUCUUUUCCGCCACGUAUGCCUACUUCAACGGGACUAUCACUACGCUGGAGAAGCGGUACAAAAUUCCCAGUCAAAACACCGGCAUCAUUUCCGUCGGAAACGACAUCAGUUCUCUGUUCCUGUCGGCAAUUUUGAGUUACUACGCCGGCAAAGGACACCGACCCCGAUGGAUAGCGUUCGGACUGUUCACGAUCGUUCUGUUUUGCUGGCUGACUGCCCUACCUCACCUGCUGUACGGUCCGGGAGAAGCCGCAUUGGCUCUGACCACCGAGUUCGGUGCUACGUACGAUGAGAACCAAACCAAGGAGGUUUUCGAGGCUCAAAAAGCCAAAACGCUUUGCAGCAGCAACGGCACUCGGGGAGCAGAAUGUGAAACGGAGGAAGGUAAUUUCGCACCGCAAGCGAUCCUGUUCAUAGCGCAGUUCAUCUCCGGCAUUGGCAGUUCACUGUACUACACUUUGGGCGUUUCUUACAUGGAUGACAACAUCAAGAAAUCGAAAACUCCUGCAUUGGUUAGUGUCUCCUAUUUCCUGAGAAUGCUGGGUCCAGCCAUCGGAUAUACACUGGCCUCGUAUUGUUUGAAGCUGUACAUUUCGCCGUCGAUGACUCCGACGAUCUCCACCAAGGAUCCUCGGUGGCUUGGUGCCUGGUGGAUUGGAUGGUUGGUGCUUGGAUUGGUGCUAGGAUUUUUCGCCAUUUUUAUCGGUAUGUUUCCGAAGCAACUCCCGAGGGCGGCGGUUCGGAAGAGAAUUGCUGUUGAAAAGCAAAAGCUUGGAAUGAAACUUAGCGAGGUUAAGAAGGAGGAUGAACUGCCAGCAUCUUUCAAAGAUAUGAUCAAAACUUUUAAGCGAUUAGUGAGAAACAAAAUAUUAAUGUUCAACAACAUCGCUUCGGUUUUCUACUUCUUCGGGUACAUGCCGUACUGGAUCUUUACGCCGAAGUAUAUCGAGACCCAAUACAAGCAGUCCGCGUCGACAUCUAGUUUGGUAACGGGCACCGUGGCUUUGGGAUUCUCUGCAAUCGGAGUAUUACUCUCCGGUAUCGUGAUUUCCAAAUACAAACCAAGAGCCCGUUACAUGGCGGCUUGGAAUGUUCUGGUUGGUAUCCUGUCUGUGAUGGGGAUGGUGAUGUACGCUUUCCUCGGAUGCACUGCCAGUGAAAACUCUGUGAUCGUCAACCAUCCGUCAGCAACUGAUCUGACGCCAACCUGUAAUUCGGCAUGUCAGUGUGACUAUGUAAAAUAUUCACCAAUUUGCGGCGAAGACGGCAACACCUACAUUUCAGCUUGUCAUGCUGGUUGCAAACAACAAUAUCAAAUAGGUGAUGUUAAGACAUACGAUGAUUGUGCUUGUAUAUCCGGAGGAAACUUUUCCACCAACAACCCUGUAUUCGAAAGGUUGAUGUCAUCUAACAAUAGCACAUCCCUUCUGUACAAUUACGCACAUCUGGAUACGCUCCCCGCAGUAGGCGGUAAAGCCAUGGCCGGCCCGUGCCCGUUGGAUUGCAAGCGGGAAUUCAUCACUUUCUUGGUGGUGAUGUGUUUCCUGAAGUUUUCCGGUGCUACCGGGCGGGCCAGUAACUUCCUGGUGUCGGUGCGAUGUGUCGACGAGAAAGACAAAACCGUUUCGAUGGGUUUCGGGAUGAUGCUGUUGAGUUUAAUGUCGUUCAUACCAAGUCCAAUCUUUUUCGGGCUGGUCCUGGAUAAAACCUGCCUGGUGUGGGGAAAAACAUGCUCAGGUAGAGGCAACUGCUGGUUGUACGACGGGGAGUCACUGAGGUAUCUUCUGAACUUCAUAGCAGCGGCGUUCGUUCUAGUGGGGACACUUUUCGACUGCGGUGUGUGGUACUACGUGAAAGAUUUAAAGAUAUUUGAUGAAGAGGUGAAGGAUGUCGAAAUUGAUCUGGCGGAAAAGGAGGAGGAGGUCACGACCGAUAGACCGUCGUAGUAUUAUCUGCUCUUAUUAAUCGUUGAAGGUCGAUCAUCAACCUACAAAAAUAGGAUAUUCAAAAAACCAAUCUGUACAUUAACUUAGCGUAUGUUAAUAUAUACUGAAUUCAUUGACCGUU